UUUGCACCUAACCAGCAUCACGAGUCUAAUCCAGAUACGGACGUGCCUAGAUGCCCAAGGACACAGUGCGCAACUAAGAUUGUCGAAUCCACCUCGCGACAGCUCCAGCUUCUAGCGCUGUUUGUUUGGCUGAGCACUCGAGUCAUCAUAUCAACAACAGGAGCGAUUAGUUUGAUGGAAAGAUGCCUCUCGCACUUUAUGCACCUUGCUCAUAUAUUCUGUGUAACAAAGCCAGUAUGGGUUGGUUCAAAGUUGAUUGGAAUGAAUUGAAUUCUAGUGGACCUAUCACAAAACGUGACGGAUGCUCGGGAGAUUGGUGGUGAUUGCCUUCCAUCAUAUCAUCAAAGGCUUGCACAUGGAAAAGGUCAGGAAAUUAAACACUGAACAAGGCAGUGGAGGUGAGACAGCAAGGACAGGUAGGUAAGGUAGGUAGG